AUAGUGGUGAGAUCGAUCGCCCGUCUUUCCUUGGGCAGUGCCGGUCUGGCCUUGGAUAGUGCAUCCAUGAAGAUUGCCCAUGAGCUCUCUCUGUCGGCCAAGGGCUGCACACGGCAAGCUGAGAGCAAGGCAAUUCGACUGCUGGUCGCUUCCUGGCAAGGCAUUAUGGGGGCCCACAACGUCAGCAUACCAGCCAUCGAUUUUCCAGACAUCAUCAAAUACUAUGAGGUAUCGUUUCCCCUUGAGCUUCUCAUGGACAGCUGAUUCCAGGUCUCCUAGACUAGUACCACCACCAUCAAUUGACAAUACGAUCUCCUCUUCGAGGCCGAGAGCCAUAAGUAUGCUCUGCAAGACUUCCUUGCGCACGUCCUUCGCGGCGCAAGCAGUGCGUGAAAGGCACACCCAGAUUCUGGGGAAGUAGCGUCCCCUAGCCUGUUGGCUGUUGAACACGAGCUGCGCUAGUGCAGUCUUUCCGAUGCCACCCAUGCCAACGAUGCCGACACCGGUAAGUCGUCCUGGGCUGCAGUUCCUGAACGCCUUCUGCUCUAGCUCCGACAACUGUUGGUCGAACCCAUGGAUCAUGCUCUGCUCAGGCCAAGAAGUAGUCCAACGGCUGAACCCGGUGGUGCUGCUGUCCUCCUGCAAGGCUGCGGCAUCACCGUUGGGAUCGUGCUGUACGCACUGCAGGACUCUGCGUUUCGCGGCAACCACCCUUUUCUUCACCUUGUUGGAGUUCCAGGCUUUGGACAGGGAGAAGCAGCUGGAGGUAUUUGUCUGGUCGAUGAGCAUGCGGCACUGGGACAGCAGAUUAUUGAGUUCGUACAUGCACUCUCGGAGCUCAUCGGCGUUGCUGGAAGAAAUGGUCGCCUUCUCCAACUCAGCCCUCAUGUCGCAAAAAUAGGUGCUGAAAGGGAGCUCCGAGGCUCCCUCCUCUGCCAGGCCAUCAAUGAACUUUCUAACCAGAAACUGCACUACCACAGCCAUCGAUUCCUUCGGCCUUUCUAACCAGAAAUUGCUUUGAGUAGGUAGUUUGAUGGACGAAUUUCAGUAGUUGCUGGAUUCAGGAUAAUGCAUAAAGGGGAGGAGCUAACUGAACCACUAGUCACUGCACACAUUUAGUGCAAGAGAGUGACGGCCCUUGACUUUAGUGCAAACUUUGGCGUCUGGUUUCUUCAUUGUUAGGCGAUAUUCCAGACGCGUAAAGGCCCCCAUCUUAAUAAUCAAGAAUAAGGCAUGACGCGUGAGGUUGACCCCAUGGAAGACCACAAGUCAAGUCUUCUCAUGAGGACUAGGAUAUUAUGAUUCUACAGAAGUGUGAGCCACCGGAGUGGAGGGCAGAGAUGGAGGGAAACGGCAUGAACACACACUCUAUGGGAGGCCUACUGGCUGUGUGGAACGAGUGGGAAAUCCGCGUGCUUGUGCUCACCAGCCUCGCGCUGCAGGUGUUCCUUCUAUUCUCCGCCGGCAUCCGGAAGCGCAACGUCUCCGCCUUACUCGGGGUGCUCCUCUGGCUGGCCUACCUGCUGGCAGACUCCAUCGCCAUCUACGCCCUUGGGUACCUAUCCCAGACGCACAUGUCCAAAGGCGCCAGUGACCCACAGUUCUUCAACCGCAACCACAGAAUCCAAGUAUUCUGGGCGCCAUUCCUCCUCCUUCACCUUGGUGGCCAGGACACCAUCACUGCAUUCUCCAUCGAAGACAAUGAACUCUGGAAGCGUCACCUGCUCAGCCUGCUGUCGCAGGUUGCGCUUGCUGUGUACGUCUUCUCCAAGUCACGCCCUGGUGCCGAUACCCUAUACCCGGCCGUGUUCAUGUUCUUGAGUGGCAUUCUUAAGUACGGCGAGAGGACAUGGGCGCUAAAGUGCGCGAGCAUGGACAACUUGCGGAGCAGCAUGGUCACAACGCCAGACCCAGGCCCCAACUACGCCAAGUUCAUGGAGGAGUACCGCUUCACACGUGAGGCAGGGCUCCAAGCAGAGAUUGUCAUUGAACCGGAGCGGAGAACUGGAGUCACCACUGCGGCCAUUGCAGAGGAGACCGUGCCUUACGCCACGGUGAUCACCGAGGCGCUCUGCUUCUUUGUGACCUUUAAGCGCCUAUUUGUGAACCUCAUCCUCAGUUUCCAAGACCGUACCGGGAGCCAGGCCACGUUUCUGCGGCUGACGCCAGAACAGGCAUACAAGAUCAUCGAGAUCGAGCUGUCUCUCAUGUAUGACACCCUGCAUUCCAAGGCAGCCGUGAUACACACCUGGUAUGGCCGCCUGUUCCGCUGUUUCACGCUCGUCUCGACAACAACAGCAUGUGUCCUCUUCAAUGUUCUGCACAAGGGUCCCGGGGGCAUCGAUGUCACCAUCACCAAUCUUUUAUUUGGAGGAGCGCUUUGCUUAGAGCUUUCUGCUAUUGGUAUGAUGCUUGUAUCUUACUGGACAUACGCUGCUCUGGAAGGUUCCAUCUGCCAUUCGCUAAGCCAUCUGAUACUCCGGUGCUUAAAGUAUUUCCGGCCAGAAAGCAGGGCGAGGUGGUCUAAUUCGAUGGCGCAACACAAUCUCAUCAGCUUUUGCCUCCAGGACAGACCAACAUUGGUCACCAAGAUUCUGAAGCUGCUCGGGCUCAAAGGACACUGGGACAGUUGGCUGUACAUCUGGCACAUAGACGUGUCAUCCGAGCUGAAAACCUUGGUGUUCAGGGAGCUGAAAGAUAAGGCGGUCAGCAUCGUCGACACCGAGAGUUACCGCAAGUUCAGCAACCACAGGGGCCAGUGGGCACUCCAGUGCAAGGGCUACUACAAGGAGCUGGGCUGGAGCGUCGAGGUGGAGUUCGACGAGAGCAUUCUUCUUUGGCACAUCGCCACGGACCUCUGCCUCUACUCCGACGACAGCAGCGAUGACGCCAAGCUCUCUGAGUAUGUCAGCAUCAGCAGAGCUGUGUCAAAUUACAUGCUUUUCCUGCUCGUGGCCCGCCCGUUCAUGCUGACAGCCGGCAUCGGACAGAUCAGGUUCGGAGAUACCUGUGCGGAGGCCAAGAACUUCUUCGCAAGGGAGAUGACUCCACCGGACGAGCGUUCCGCGGCAAUGAUGGUCCUCGAGGUGAACGCGGAGAUCGCACCGAGGGACGUGAAGGGGGACAGGAGCAAGUCCGUGCUGUUCGAUGCGUGCCGGCUGGCCAAGUCGCUGCUGGAGCUGCAGCCCGGCAAGAGGUGGCGGCUUAUUCGCGUGGUGUGGGUGGAGAUGCUAUGCUACGCCGCGAGCAAUUGCCGUAGCAACUUCCACGCCAAACAGCUGAGCAACGGCGGUGAGCUGCUCACCAUCGUCUGGUUCUUGAUGACGCAUCUGGGGAUGGGCGAGCAGUACAGGAUAGAGUCUGGACAUGCAAGAGCUAAACUAAUUGUUGAGAAGAACUGAGAUUGUACUGUCGCCAAGCGGUGGUGUGCUUGGUAAUCUGUACUGUCAAAAUUCUACAAUUUUUUCUCUGGUUAGCUUCUAGAAAUAGUAUCCUC